CCACAUCCACAAAUCAGUCCAAAACGAUUCGCCGCGGCAUAAAGUAAACGAUCGCGUUGGGUGCGCACUUCGUCGCCUAACCAAUACGCACAUGGUAUUUCUUGUACGGCAGCUACGCUGAAUGAAACACACAUUUGCUAAUUCGCAACACGUUCGCGUAACGCAUGGUUGACCUAACUAGACAAGAGGUUACAAACCGGAAACCGUAGGCAGUGCGUCAAGGCUAACUAGCGCGAGCGCGUUUAUACAAUAAAUUAAGAAUCAACUAUCUACUAUCAACAGGUACAGAGCCGAGUUGAACUAGUAGUAGUGGACAUUGAACAUGGCAACAGCUGAGAACGGUGGAGGCGCGGCAGGUGGAUGCGCCGUGGAUUUGCAAUCAACAGAGGCGGACGGCGGCGUUUUGGCAGUGGAUUUGGCAAAGGUUGAGCAAGAGCAGACGGCGACGAACGCAUUGGACGCUGCAGAGCCAGCAACUGGUUUGACACAUGAAUGUGGAGUUUUUGGUGCCAUUGCCUGUGGCGAUUGGCCAACACAAAUUGAUGUGGCACACGUAAUUUGUUUGGGUUUGGUAGCGUUACAACAUCGUGGCCAAGAAUCGGCUGGCAUUGUGACAAGCGAGGGCAAAUGCUCCAAGAAUUUUAAUACACACAAGGGUAUGGGCAUGAUUAGUACGCUGUUCAAUGACGAGUCUAUGAAGAAACUCAAGGGCAAUCUCGGCAUCGGCCAUACACGCUACUCCACCUCGGCCGCCUCGGAGGUUGUCAAUUGUCAACCUUUUGUUGUACACACACUACACGGCGCCAUUGCGGUGGCGCAUAAUGGCGAGCUAGUUAACUCUGAAUCGCUACGACGUGAUUUACUUAGCCGCGGCGUCGGCCUAUCCACUCACAGUGAUAGCGAAUUGAUCGGACAAUCGCUAUGCUUGUGCCCCGAAGGUGUCUCCGAGUUGGAGGGACCAGACUGGCCGGCGCGCAUACGUCAUUUUAUGCAAUUGGCGCCACUCUCAUACUCACUUGUGAUGAUGUUCAAAGAUAAGAUUUAUGCGGCGCGUGACCCAUACGGCAAUCGGCCGCUUUGCCUUGGCAAAAUCAUGCCCAUCUAUGGCGACUCGAAUGCCAAGGUCGAGGAUGCGUCCGCCGAUGGUUGGGUGGUGUCGAGUGAGAGUUGUGGCUUCUUAUCGAUUGGGGCGCGGUAUGUACGCGAAGUGGAACCGGGUGAAAUUGUGGAAUUAACGCGUAAUGGCUUUCGCACCAUUGACAUUGUUCGUCUGCCCGAUUACAAGCGCACAGCGUUCUGUAUUUUCGAAUAUGUUUACUUUGCGCGCGGCGAUUCGAUCUUCGAGGGGCAGAUGGUGUAUUCGGUGCGCAUGCAGUGCGGUAGGCAGCUGGCACGCGAGGCGCUUAUCGAUGCUGAUAUAGUAAGCUCAGUGCCGGAAUCGGGUACAGCGGCGGCGCAUGGCUAUGCGAGGGAGUCCGGUCUGCCGUUCGCUGAGGUCCUCUGCAAGAAUCGUUAUGUGGGACGUACUUUCAUUCAACCAUCGACGCGUUUACGUAAACUAGGUGUUGCAAAGAAAUUUGGUGCGCUCUCCGAGAAUGUGGCCGGCAAGCGACUUGUGCUGAUCGACGAUUCAAUCGUACGCGGCAAUACCAUCGGACCGAUAAUCAAGUUGUUGCGUGAUGCUGGUGCCGCAGAAGUGCACAUUCGCAUAGCCAGUCCGCCGCUGCAGUAUCCCUGCUACAUGGGCAUCAAUAUUCCGACGCGUGAGGAGCUAAUCGCCAACAAAUUGAAUGCAGAACAAUUGGCACGCCAUGUAGGCGCUGAUAGUUUGGAAUACUUGAGCGUAGAGGGAUUGGUGAAGGCUGUGGAAAUGAAUAAGAAGGCGUCGAAUCCGCAAAGGAGCGGACAUUGUACAGCCUGCUUGACUGGCGUGUAUCCGGGCGGGUUGCCAGAGGAUUUGAGUUGGUAAAGCGAUCGAUGCAUGGGAGCCGAAAGAGAGCAAGGGACGCAGAAUAAUAUGUCUUUUUAAAUAUAUACAUAUACAUAUGUAGUAUAAGAAAGGUCACAAAUGUAGAAUAGUGUAUACUUUAUUUUUGGAAUUGCUGAAAGAAAGCAGUAAAGAUUCACUAGCUCAUUGCAGGCUUCUGUCUCUCUAUUUUUACGGUCUUUUUGGGCGUUGAAUCUUUCGUUGCAUAUUUCAACAUUUCAAAAUUAUAUUCACCUUAUUUAUUAGACAUGGAGACAUUUCUAUAAUUUGAUAAUACUUCAUUUUGUAUAACUACUAUACUUGAAUGUACAAAAGAAAAGGCUAUUCCAUUUAGUUAUCUAAGCAUUGAUUGCAUAACGGGACAUUCCCGAUUUAAUAAAAUAUUUAUACAAUAUGUGCCUGUGUAAAUAUCGACACUAACAAAUUAAGAACAACCACGCGCAUGGGUUGAAUUGCACUAUUCAUUUUUUGUAUAUUUUAAGCACUUAAAAAUCUCUGUCCAAUAAUAAAAAAA